UAAAGCUAGCCAUGAAGCAUCUCUAUCAAGCAAUGAUCUUCACACUGACAUAUGUCUCAUAUGCAGGCCUGCAUGUGAUGAGAGAAGGAUGGUCAAUUCUGAAAUAAGGACAUAGAAUCUGAGUCAUCCCCAGGUCUUGGAUGGGAAGGAACCCAAAAUAUUGGAUACUUAGACUUCUCCUUUCUCAUUGCGUACUCAAUAGGACUCUUUAUCAGCGGAAAUCUUGGAGAUAGAUACCCUGUAAGAGUAAUUGUGCCAGCUGGAUUCUUACUUGUCAGCAUCAUGACCUUCAUGUUCACAAUGGGUGGAGAAUGGAGAAUCACCAGCUGCUGGUACUAUGCUUUUUUCUUUACAAUUUCAGGCUUCUCCCAGAGCAUAGGAUGGCCUAAUUAUGUUCCUGUGAUGGCGAACUGGUUUUCAAAGGAAUCUAGAGGACUUGUUUUAGGAAUCUGGUGCACAUGCCAAAAUGUGGGCAAUAUCUGAGGAGCAAUCUUGGUAAACGUCCUACGUGAAUACUGAGGAAUGGACUGGAUGUGGUCUCUUAGAGUCAUCUCCAUUAUGAUAGGAGUCCUAGCGCUACUAAAUCUGAUGUUUUUGAUUAGUGAGCCAUCCUCUGUCGGAAUUGAAAUUGAUGCAGUUGAAGGAAAUUUGGAAAUAAAAAACAAUAUUAAUGACUACAAAGACGCUAAUGGAGAGAAUUUGUCCUCUCAAAGUAUUGAAAUGAUAAUUUUAAACCCCAAGGAAGCACCAGAAUCCCAUUUAAAACCUCCUAGCCCAACAAAUAGUUUUCUGAAGCAGAACUCGAGACAUACUCAGGACACUAAAUUUGAGAAAAAGGCAAUUUCUUUCUGGAAAGCUUGGCUGAUUCCCAAGGUAAUUCCUUACGGUAUAUGCAUUGCUCUUGUAAAGCUUGCUACCUAUGGUAUCCUUCUUUGGCUCCCAGUAUUUGCAGAUGAGGCAUUACACUACAGCCACAAAGGUAUUGGAUAUCUUGCAAUCUCUUAUGAUAUCGGAACUAUCAUUGGAAGCGUAAUUUUGGGUAAACUCAGUGACAUCAUUUAUCAUAAAAGGGCUCCAAUAGCAUUUGCUGGAUGCCUUGCUGGGUCAACCUUCUUCAUGCUAGUUAUCUUGCAGCCUAGCUACAUUAUGAUAACCAUAUUCUUCGUUGGGUUCUUUGUAGGAGGAGUUUUUAAUAUUGUAGCAGCAACUGCAGCGGCAGACAUAGCGAAAAGUAAUGAAAUGGAUCCAAGAGACAAAGCCCUUGCAACCAUCAGUGGUAUUUAUGAUGGCUGUGGAAGUAUAGGCUCUGCUUUUGGCUCCUUAGUAAUCUCUAGCAUUAGGAAUGCCUCUUGGAAUGGAGUCUUUGUAUUCCUCUCCUCUUGAAUCUUUCUUGCUUCUUUUCCAAUUUUUAAAGUUAUGAUCCAUGAAAUCAAGGAGAUUUUUAGCCUCAGAGAGCAGAAAAGAAGAGAAAAUAUCGGUGAAAAGCUGUUAUCUGAUCUAUAAGCUC